GCGAUCUCGCAACAUCCUCUUUUAAAUUGCGAGUUAUCGUAAUUGUUUCAUUGUAACAGAUUGAGCUUACGUCUCGGCGGACUCAUGCAUUUGAAUGUUGGGUGCCUUUAGCGCAACGCAUAUCGAUAUGAUACGAGCUAUCAGUUUCAAUAACAAAACCCCUUGACCCGAAAAUAAUAAAACAUAGGUUUGUGUUGCAAAAGGAAGUUUGGUCAAGGAAAGUGGGAAAGUGCCUUGUACAGUUCAGUCUAUGUGAUUUUUGUCAAGGAUAAUUUUUAGUUUCUUUUUUGCAAAAUGGGGGAGAUGCGAGGGGAAGUUGCAGACCUGACGCAUAUGAUGCAAAGGUUCUCAUGGGUAGAUUACGUUGUGUUCGUGUUGAUGUUAGCUAUCAGUGCCGUUGUGGGAGUGUACUGGGGUUUCAUGAAGAAACAGACCACGCAAGCGGAUUACCUGCUUGGUGGAAGGAACAUGAAAGUGAUUCCUGUUUCUAUGUCUCUGGUGGCAAGUUUUGUUUCGGGUAUAACCCUAUUAGGGUCACCGACGGAAGUCUACAUGCACGGAACCCAGUAUGCAUAUAUCAUAGGAGCAAUAUUCUUGAUGUCUAUCAUAAUGACGCAGAUUUAUCUACCUGUGUUUCAUGAACUCAAGAUUACAUCAAAUUACGAGUACUUAUCAAUACGAUUCGACAAUAGAGUAAGAUUGUUUGGAUCGAUUUUAUUCGCUUUUACGUUGAUAGGCUGGUUGCCGAUUGUCAUUUAUGUUCCAGCACUAGCAUUUAAUCAAGUAACGGGUGUUAACAUACACGUGAUUACUCCAAUAGUCUGUUUGGUCUGCAUAUUCUACACAAGUGCGGGUGGAUUACAAGCAGUAGUAUGGACGGACGUGAUCCAAAUUACGGCGAUGUUUGGAGCGAUGGCCUUGGUCGCAAUUAAAGGGACUAUUGAUGUGGGCGGUAUUGGAGUGGUCUGGCAGAGGAAUUUGGACAGCGGGAGGAUUGAAUUGCCGGAUUGGGAUCCCAAUCCUCUGACGCGGCACACGAUAUGGAGUCUCGUGGUCGGUGGAACUAUCUACUGGCUCCAGUCUAACGCCGUCAAUCAGACUAUGAUACAAAGAUAUCUUGCGCUGCCAACUCUGAGGGGUGCUAAGUGGGCAGUUUUCUUAUUCUGCGUUGGCAUCUCGUUUCUCUAUUGCUUUUGCCUCUACUGCGGGCUAUUGAUCUACGCACGAUUCCACGACUGUGAUCCUUUACAAACUAAGUUAGCAAAGGCGAAAGAUCAGUUGCUGCCGUUGCUUGUGAUGGACGUUCUUGGAGAAAUCCCUGGGUUGCCGGGAGUCUUCAUUGCUGGAAUAUUUAGUGCAGCUUUAAGUUCAUUGUCAACGAGUCUGAACUCGAUGUCAGCAGUAGUGCUGGAAGACUUCUACAAGCCGUUCUUCGCGAAGGCGCUGACUGACCGACAGGCGAGCUGGCUCAUGAGAGGUGUCGUUAUACUCCUGGGCACGCUCUGUGUAGGGCUGGUAUUCAUAGUAGAGAAGAUGGGGACAAUCUUGCAGCUGACGAUGACGCUGGAGUCUAUGACGAUGGGGCCUCAACUGGGAGUGUUCACAAUGGGCAUCCUCAUGCCAUGGGUUGAUGCUACAGGGGCUCUAGUUGGUGGAGUCAGCGGUCUAGCGGUGAUGUCAUGGUGGUGUCUAACGUCACAACUUGCCAUAGCUAGGGGGCAGAUAAAGCACUCACACAAAUCUCUGACAACUGUAGGAUGCACGUAUAAUUUUACUACAGUUGAAGAUGUUGUCGAAGAAUCGGUCUUUAGUGAAGACGUAAACCCAGUGCUCCGAGUGUCCUACAUGUGGUACACACUAGCCGGCAUGGCAGUGACCAUGUGCGUAGGCGCAGUGGUGUCGCGCAUCAACCGCGCUCGCGGCACGCCGCACCUGCCGCCCGCGCCGAGCCUUCUUGCGCCUCAGCUCAGGAAGCUCUUCAAGGAACCCCCGCACCCUACUGAUGAACCCUAUAUUAGUGCUUAUGGACAGAAUAAGGAAGCCUGCCACGCCAAUUCUACCUCAAUAAACAUGAAGCCAAUUACCGAAACCGAAGAAAUAAGUUAAUUUCACGUUUAAUGUUAAGUAUGUUAAUUUUAUAUUUAUGUAAUAAAUCGUUUCAAUAAAACCUGUUCUUCAUUGAACUUUCCUACUUUCUUUAUAGGAGAGGAAACAACAACAGAA